AUGCCCUUCGCAUUAACUUCCUCACCCACCUCGCUCCCCCUCUCGUUUUCUCUGCCCCUCUGCCGCUUCUCCCUUUCCAAUUUCCCCCACAAGAUUCGCCACAGAUUGCUCAAUUACUUGGCACGCCUUCUACCUUCCAUGGACGGGGCGAGCAAGCUACGACUGGCGCCCGUUUCCGCCAGCGGAUCCUCCUCCUGCGCUCUCUCCAACGACGUCGACGGCGGCACCGACGCCGCUGCAGAGCACCGCGCCACCCGGAGAAGGAAGAUGGUAGCCAAGCAACGCGGCCGGAGAUCCCGCCGUCGCCCCGCGUCCGAAACCAACCCUGCCUCCGGAUCUGUGCUGGAUUUGAAUGUGCCAGCCCUUGAUCCUGACCAAGCCGUGGCUGGUUUGAGGUUUCUUCUGCAAAAGGAGCUCAGGAACAGUGACGUCAGCCAACUAGGAAGAAUUGUUCUUCCAAAGAAAGAAGCAGAGGCCUACCUUCCAAAUCUGACCUACAGGGAAGGCAUCGCUAUAAACAUGGACGACUUGGAAAACCUUCACGUUUGGACAUUCAAAUACAGGUUUUGGCCUAAUAACAGGAGCAGAAUGUACAUACUGGAGAACACAGGCGAUUAUGUUAAGGAACAUCGACUCCAGCUUGGAGAUUUCGUCAUGAUAUACAAAGACGAUAGCAAGGACCGUUAUAUUGAUUCUAACGCAUAUCGGGCAUUGAUUAAUUACAAGGUGAUUCGGGCGAAGAAGCAGGCUGAGAGAGAGGCUCGCGUUGGCCCGGUGGACGAGGGGAUUUUUGACUCCAUAUUGCCCGAUAUUGUGGUGGGCAGAGCAAGAUACUCGGAUCUCUUCUUGCCGUUGGCGGAAGGGAUGAACGGCAUGGCGUAUGGAUGCGGCCUGAGCUACGCCUUCGAGGAGGACUUCCCCACCGCGUUGCUCGAUGAUGGAACCGGAAGCAGCAGCGCGAGCGGGUCGGCCUUCGACUGGGAAUCUGUCAUUUGA